GACUCAGAGGCCCACGUUCGGAAGAAGGGCGGGCGCUUACUGGGUCUGCGUGAGGCUCAAGAUUUCCUGGAUAAGAAUGGGGCAAUUUACCCUGGCGAAGAUCAAUGGGCUGCUGUCACGCGACCCGACGGAUCCCUGGGUGGAAGAGACUGGGUGCAGGUCGGCAACAAGAUCCACUACGUCGGGAAGUCGCAUGUUGAUGAUCAAGGCAACUACCCUCGCUGGGGCGAUGAUACAUCCAAGAAUCCGCCCUAUAGAUCCUCUAUUCUCUGGAUUCGCGCUGACGACAGCGACGCCUCUGCAUCUGUGCCAGAGUGGUCGAAGCAAGGAACGAGCUUUACGUGGCGGGCCGCCAAGAGCUGGUCCGAAUCCAAGGGUGGAAGGCUCCUAGACACUGAGGAACCGCGAGCGUUUCUGCAGGGCCAUGGGGCGAUUUACCCUGGUGAGGAUCAAUGGGUGGCCGUCACGCGUGAAGGUGUCGAGAGAGAUUGGGUGCAAGUGGGCAACUCCAUCCACAAGGUUGGCAAGUCCCAUGUUGAUGAGUGCGGCGGCUAUCCGGCCUGGGGCGACGACGCCUCCGGCAAUCCCCCUCAUUCAAGAGCUGUUGUGUGGACAACACGUCCCGCGAGCUUAGAUUGUAAUGAAGCGUAG